CGUCAGAUUCGGGCUUUGUGACAGCAGAGAGGAGGCAGGCAGGAGUAGUGGAGGCGGUGCUGGGAGUCUGGGAGAAGGAUUCACUAUUUGGUAGUCGUGGAGAAUGUCUGCAAUCUUUCUCGUAGGAAGUGAAAAGAUGCUGGAGUGACAGUUCUUUGAGGUCCUGUUAAUCUCACUGCAGGUUGGAGGGUGAGGUAAAAGGUGUUAUUAAGGAUUCCAUCUGAGGAACUUGACUGUCUGAAUAUGAAAGAGGAAAAUCUAGAAGAUGGUGAGGAGAUGCUGGAUCCUAUCUUGGAGAUGAUUUACCAAUUGAAUAAACAGGACCAGUGUGAGUUUGAGGAAGUGGCCAUUUAUUUCUCAGAGGAGGAGUGGGCCUUUUUAAGAGAUGAAGACAAGUCCCUUUACAAAGAUGUGAUGAUGGAGAAUUACCAGACCCUCAAAACACUAGGACGAAUCAAUGUAACACCUCCGAUUGUGUCGGUGAUGGAACGAGGAGAAGAGCCGUACGUGAGAGGUGAACGUCGGUCGAAGGAGAAGAUAAAUAAUUACAUUAAUGCUGGUGCAGAUGGCGUUUUGGGGAAAACUGCCGAUGGACACAACUUUACCCUCAAUUCAUCAGACUGGGUAAUGGAAGACCUUGGUUUCUUUGCUCUAAGUUAUCAGAGAGAGAACAUGAUCAAGGCAAGUGUACCUAGAAAAAGUUUGAGAAAAUCUAUGAGAAUAAAGUUUGAGGAAGCACAUUCCAGUGAUGAACAUUUCCAGAAGUCCUUAAUGUUUACAAUAAAGCAGGAGCCAGAAUAUCCAGAAACUCACAUUAGCAACUACACUCAUGGAAACGUGUUUGCAUGCUCCGAGUGUGGCAAAAGGUUCUCUUAUAAAUCAGAACUUCUUAGACAUCAGAAAGUCCAUUCGGGCAAAAAGCCGUUUAUGUGUUUUGAUUGUGGGAAAGGUUUUGCUAGUAAAUCAAAUCUUUUUGUACAUCGCAGAAUUCAUACAGGCUAUAAGCCAUUCAAAUGUUCUGAUUGCGGUAAGUGCUUUACACAGAAAUCUGGUUAUGAUGCACAUAAAAGAAUUCAUACAGGAGAGAAACCAUUUGUUUGUGCGGACUGUGGAAAACGGUUUAGUCAAAAAUCAAGCUACAUUGCACAUAGGAGGACUCACACAGGGGAAAAACCAUUUGCAUGUUUUGAUUGUGGAAAAUGUUUCAGUAGCAUCUCUGGUUUUGUUAAUCACCAUAGAAUUCACACGGGUGAAAAACCAUAUGCCUGUACUGAUUGUGGGAAAUGUUUUACUCAAAAGUCUGGUUACAUUGCACAUCAGAGAAUACACACUGGAGAGAAGCCAUUUGUAUGUCCUGAUUGUGGAAAAUGCUUUAGUCAGAAGGCAAGUUUUAUUACACAUCAAAGGAUUCAUACAGGAGAGAAACCGUUUGUGUGUCCUGACUGUGGCAAGUGUUUUAGUAGCAUUUCUGGCUUUCUGACUCAUCAGAGAAUUCACACAGGCAUCAAGCCGUUUGCUUGUGGUGAUUGUGGAAAAUGUUUUACCCAGAAGUCAGGUUAUAUUGCUCAUCGGCGAAUUCACACGGGUGAGAAACCAUUUGCAUGUUCUGAUUGUGGGAAACGGUUUACUCAGAAGUCUGUGUAUAUCGCGCAUAGACGGAUACACACAGGGGAAAGACCUUUUGAAUGUUCUGACUGUGGAAAGCGCUUUACACAGAAGUCAGUAUAUAUCGCACAUAAGCGAAUUCACAGUGGAGAAAAACCUUUUUCAUGUUCUGAAUGUGGGAAAUGUUUUGCCAACCCCUCAUAUCUCAAUGCUCAUAUGAGAAUUCACUCAGGGGAGAAACCAUUUGCAUGUGCUGAUUGCGGGAAAUGCUUUACGCAGAAGUCAAUUUAUAUCACACAUCAAAGAAUACACACGGGAGAGAAACCAUUUGCCUGUGCUGAAUGUGGAAAAUGUUUUACCCAAAAAGCAAGUUAUGUGGCCCAUCAACGAAUUCACACAGGAGAAAAACCUUUUUCUUGUUCUCAGUGUGGGAAAUGUUUUAGCAGUGUUUCAGGGUUUAUCACCCAUCAGCGGACUCAUACAGGUGAGAAACCAUUUGUGUGUUCAGAUUGUGGAAAAUGUUUCACUCAGAAAUCAGGUUUUGUUGCACACUAUAGAAUUCACACAGGAGAGAAGCCAUUUUCAUGCGGUGAGUGUGGGAAAUGUUUUAGCCAAAAAUCAAGUUAUAUUGCACAUAAGAGAAUCCACACAGGUGAAAAACCAUUUAUUUGUUCAGCUUGUGGAAAGUGUUUUAGCAGUAUUUCUGGUUUUGUUAACCAUCAACGAAUUCACUCGGGUGUGAAACCAUAUGAAUGUCCUGAUUGUGGUAAAUGUUUUACUCAAAAGUCAGGUUACAUUACCCAUCAGAGAAUACACACAGGGGAGAAACCUUUUGAAUGUUAUGAUUGUGGCAAAUGUUUUACCCAAAAAUCUGUGUAUGUUGCUCACCAGAGAAUCCAUACAGGAGAGCGUCCAUUUGCGUGUUCUGAAUGUGGGAAAUGUUUUACUCAAAAAUCUGGAUAUAUCGCGCAUCGAAGGAUUCACACAGGAGAGAAACCAUUUUCUUGUGCUGAAUGUGGGAAAUGUUUUGCCAAUUCCUCAUAUCUUAGUGCACAUCAGAGAAUUCACACUGGUGAAAAACCAUUUGCAUGCUCUGAAUGUGGGAAAUGUUUUACACAGAAAUCAAUUUAUGUUGCUCAUCAGAGAGUCCACACAGGUGAGAAACCGUUUGGAUGCUCUGAAUGUGGGAAAUGUUUUACUCAAAAGUCAAGUUAUGUUGCCCAUCAGAGAAUCCACACAGGAGAGAAACCUUUUUCUUGCCCUGAUUGUGGAAAAUGUUUCAGUAGCAUUUCUGGUUUCAUUAACCAUCGGCGAAUUCACUCAGGUGUGAAACCAUAUGCUUGUGCAGAUUGUGGGAAGUGUUUUACCCAAAAAUCAGGCUAUGUUGCACAUCGGCGAACUCACACAGGGGAAAAACCAUUUGCAUGUUCUGAAUGUGGAAAAUGUUUUAGCCAAAAAUCAGGUUGUGUUGCGCAUCAAAAAGUUCACAAAGGGAAUAAACCAUUUAUCUGUUUGGUAUGUGGAAAAUGGUUUGCUAGUAUCUCAACUCUUAACCUACAUCAAAUGAUUCACAUAGAUGAGAAACCAUUUGUUUGUUCUCAGUGUAGUCAAUGUUUUACUUCUAAGUCAGAGUUUCUUGCACAUCAGCUGAUUCACACGGAUGUAAAACCAAUUGUAUGUUCUGAUUGUGGGAAAUGCUUUACCAAAAGUUCAGAUUUUGAGGCACAUCAAAAAGAUCACAGAGACAAACCAUUUUCAUGUUCUGAAUGUGGACAGUCAUUUGUCAAUCGGCCAGAUCUUGAUCUACAUCUGAUAAUUCACGUAGACGAGAAACCUAUUAUAUGCUCUGAUUGUGGACAGUGUUUUACCAAAACAACAGAUCUUGAUGCACAUCGAAACAUUCACAAAGAACACAAGCCUUUUCUUUGUUCUGAAUGUGGUAAAGUCUUUACUAAUAAUUCAGAUCUUGAUGUACAUAAGAAGACUCACACUGGCGUGUCACCAUAUGCAUGUCAAGAAUGUGGGAAAGGUUUUGUCUUGAAAUCUGCAUUUAACAAGCACCUGAAAACUCACAAAAGAUAGUUACAGUUUCUAUGUUCUGUGGUGAUUAAUGUUUCACUAGUGACUGUAAACUUGAUACAUAUCGCACACUAGAAUAGAAAACGUUUGUAGAUUCCUAAUAGAAACUAUUUUCAUUUGGUUCAUUUAGUUACUUGUAAAUAAUUGGUUCAGCAAUCAACCGUUUGAAGGUUGAUAUGCUGUCUCAACCAAUAUUUCUUUUACUGUCCAUUUUAGGCUUUGUAGAUAUUGAAGACUUAGCACUUACAGCAAAUAGUUCCA